AUUAAAUAAAUAAAAUCCCUGUAUAAUAGAAGAGAUAUUAAGAUAUAAUUGUCUAUUCGAGGGUUUAGGAAUAUGUUGUACAAUAUGUAAUUCAUAUGCCAGAUUUAAUACACUCCGAGUACAAAUUCACGCCGGAUUCUCACCCCUUCAAUCGGAAAAUUUUACAAAUAUUUAAAUCGUCAGAAACUUCUAAAUCUAUGGAAUCGACAAAAUCUAUAGAAAAGUAUAAAUCUUUGGAAAUUCCUAAAAUUGUGGAAACUUCUAAAAUUGUGGAAACUUCUAAAAUUGUGGAAACUCCUAAAAUUGUGAAAAAGUAUAAAAAUAUGAAAGGUUCUGAAACUGCGGGAAUCUCGAAAAUAAACAACCCUGAAAAUGAAAUAAACAAUAUAAACAAAAAUAAUAAAAUUAAUAAAUUGGAUAAAAUGGAUAAAACAUUUAAAAGAAAGAGAAGAUUGACAAAUUUGUUAAUUUUUAUUUUUAUUCUUUUAUCAUAUCCUCCCUCUCCCUCUCUUUCUAUCUCAACAUUGUUAAAUCCUCUCUCAAAGUUGUUGCCUAAAUUAUUCUGUGAGUGUACGGAUCUGAGGAAGGACGUGGGCUCCGAUUUUGAGCCGUUUCUGGAGACUCCGCCGAAGAUAAUUGACGACUCGGUGAUGGAGGAGCUCGACGGACUCGACGACUACGCACAAAACGAAAAUGAAAUGACACACGCCUUCACCAAAUUCUUCAAUCCCCCCAAUCUUAACCUCGAUAUCCCCCUCAAACCCUUUAAUACCAUAGAUACUCUUAGUACUGAGGAUACUCUUAGUACUACAGAUAUUGUGGAUAGUAUAGAUACUGUGGAUACUACGGGUACUAUGAGUAAAGAGGGAAAAAUACGUGCAGUUAGUGACACUUUGGGUCAAGUGGAUCCGUUUGAGAAUGAAUCAGAUUUACACUUUAGAAAUCCCACGGACGACUUAGUUGACUCUGAAGCUCCCAGGGUAUCGCCAUUCAGAUUCACCCAUCAUAAACCCCUCAAUCAUUCGGACACUAUAGAUUCUAUAGAUACUACAGAUACUAUGGAUAGUGUGGAUAAUAACUUGGGUGAUGCUGUGGAUGGAGAACCCAGGGUGUGUCCGUUUGGGUUCACCGAUGGUAAACCUAAACUACACUCCAUUGACGAUCUUCAUCUCGUAGAUCCUAAUGACUCUAUGGACUCUGUAGAUCCUGAGGAUACUGAGGAAGUAGAGGAACUGGAGGAAGUAGAAGAAGUAGUGGACAGACUGGAUGAAAAGCAGUUUGAGGAAAAGAUCUUGUAUGUGAUCACCUCGAUGAAGCGUUUAAAGAGGGAAAUAUUAGAGAAGAACAUGGAGUUGGAUACGCUUUUCAUGCAAGUUGAACAUCUCCGUGUGGCACUGUCACAGCUUGACAAUGUGUUUUACAAGAGUUUAUUUAGUGAUUUGGAGACUCUGACGAGGGAUUUGAACUUGCUCAGGAAAGGGAACAUUUACUACACUGGAGAUACUUAUAAUAUCCUCAAUAACAUCACCGUCAUGGACGCCAUAAGAGCUUUGUUUGUCAUUUACCGAACCCCGUUCAUUGUCCUACGGCAUAACUUUCCCAUCUACCAGAGGGUAGAACUGUUUAUCUACAAUUUCCUAAGGUAUAAACUGCCCAAAUUUGUGUAUACAAUUUAUACAACGGUGUACAGAGUGUUGAGGAGGGGGUUCCGGUACCUCUACAACAACGCUAUAAAAUUCAUGAGAAACACAUACAUUUACCACAGUGUUAACAGGAAAACCAUUAGCAUUUAUGAUCUUUUGCUCACAGACUACCUCAGGGAUAAAAUGAACACACACGUGGACCAAGUUGACUAUUCAGGGACUAAUCCCAUUGUCAUCAGGUUGAUAAAGAUAUUAAUUAGGUUAAAAAUGGUGAAGCAUUAUAAGUAUGUGAGGUACGGUGUGUUUAGGAAUUCGGUGAUUGCAAUGUCGUUUUUGAACAGGAAUUACCUGUCGAUAAUGGACAGUAAUCCUGACUUUUUCUACAUUAAGCACAAGGACCACAUGACUGCCGAGGUGCUCUACUACAUUUAUAAACUUAAGUUCCUCAGCUUUAUGGAACUGUUCGCGUUGUUUUUCCUGAGAUAUUUCUCCAUAGUUUGUAAUUUAUUCCUACAAGACCAGGAUAAACUUUAUAAUAAAUACUCUAAGCCGCUGUUGGACGGCAUGUUCAAAUUUAAGAACUUGUACUUUUUUUUACGAGGGAUUUCCAUUAUUGUAUUGCAGAGAGUGGACGUGUUUAUGGAUUACUGCUUCACGUACGCUAACAAAGUUAACCCGGAACUCUCCAUCCUAGUGCCCAAAGACUUGCUAAAUCGGAUCUUCUUCAUUUCUGUGAUUAUUUUACUCACGGUGCUGUUUGUGUUUUUGAUACAGCUGGUGUUUCACAUUUUAACAUCCGUAGUCUCCACGGUGACUGGGAACACCAGUAGUAAGAACACACUGAGCUCGCGUCUGAGGCACUGGUACCACAGAUCAUUCCUGAGACACUUCUUCCAGUUAAUGAAAAAGACACUCUCAGGACACGGGAAGUCACAUAAAAGGAAGCACAGGUAUCAUCGGAACUUUGAAAGCUUUCACAGGAUCAUCGAUGAUGGCAAUGUUACCAAUUCUGACAACUAUAAGCCCUUCAAAAAUAAAGUCAAUUGAUCACAUUUCAAUCUAUUACACAUUUU